AAACCAAAAAAUAAUUCCGAUUAUUUUAAAUCUCCCAAAAGUUUUAAAUAAAUAUUUUGCAAUGAAUCAUUUUGAGGAGGGGACUACCCCCAUGGAUUACUGCGUUGAGGAACCGGAGUCUGGUGUUACCCAGGAGUCGGAAGACACAAGCGGCGAGGACUCGGAGCCACUCCGUGUGCGUGAGAUGAUUAAACUGUACAACUUUGCCACAGAACAGAACAAGGAGCUGAAGCACGUCAAGUCGAUGUACUUGGCUUCUGGCAAGCCCCUGGCCCCCAUCUUGGAGGACGGCGAGAGCUAUUACAGCGUGACCGGCAGUCUGUCAGCGGAUGAGCAAAUCAAGGAGAUGGAGAUCGAGCCCAAUAAAGAGAACGAUGAUGUUGCUGCAACAACCUUUUGUAUGACCACCAAAGAGGAUCGCACAUUUUUGCGUGAGUGCCUCCAGUGCAACAAGGAAAAGAAAAAUUCAGUGCCCAUUGGGUCCCUGGAGAAGAGCUACACCAGCAGCACUACCAUUCGGCGCACAGAAAAAGGUAUUCGCAUUAUCAUUGACAUCUUCUGCGAAUCUGGUGACAAUACCAUCGACAUGGUGGGAAGUCUCGUGCAGACAAAGAUCCCAUCAAGUCGCAUUCUGACCGAAUUCCAGAACGCCACACUAGGAUUGGGCAUCGAGAUGAAGCCCAAGCCCAAACAGUAUUAAACUAGCCCAAGAAAACCCAACCAAAUUCGAUGUUACAUACGCACAACCAACUUUUGUGUGUAUGUGUGCUAUUUUCUUUCUUUCGUUUUGACAGAAAAUGCAAACAAAAAGCCACACACAAAAACGAAACAUCGAAUGACUCCACUUCCUCCAGAGUCCGUCACGAAAACUGAAAACUGAAAACUGUAAAUGAAAAUGAAAAUGAAAAUGGCAAAGAAAAACGCCUUGCGAAUAUGAAACCUAGAAACUCAAUGAGGCAACACACGACAGGCGGCAAGGCAAGACGGACCUCAAGCCAGCCAAAGAAAACUACAACAACAACAACAACAAAUGCAACACCAACAACAACAGCCUUUGCAUCUGCACCGCAGCAGCAUCCCUCGCCGCUUUUUCGACUCACGACAAAAGGGCUCUCGAGAGUAAAUAAACGGCAUGAAUUGAAAAUGGAAAAUGGAAAUCUUCGCUUCGCUUACAAAACCUAACCAACCAACCAACCAACAGCCCAACCGCCAGAAAUCUGACUGAAUGAUGCCGCCAAAAGAGCCAGCGAAUGAACGAAUCUUAGAUGAGGAAAAUGCUUUCGCAACUUGCCGCCCAAUCUGGCUUAGAUCUCCACCACUGCCACCACUGCCGCUACUCUCGAUUGCUCUAUUUAGCCUGCUUCGCUUCUGCUUCUGGCCCAGCAUCAAGUUUCAGCCCCAAGUAUCAGCGGCAAACGUUCCAAUAAAUUAGACAAAUAAACACCCAUCAGUGGGUGAAGGGUUUCCCUAAACGAUGGCAUUGCAAAUGCUAAUAACGUGCAAUGAAAACUGAAAAUGAAAAUGAAAACUGAAACGGAGAAGCUGUUAACUGUUAACUGAAAAUGAGAAUGAAAAUUAAGCUGCAAUGUUAACGCUUUGCUGACUGAGACGGAGGCUUGCCCACUCGGCCCCAAGCCGAUGACGAUCCAACUUCGUUAGCUGCCAGAGAAGAUGCUGCACAGUGGAUGGAAAGACGACUUUAAUUGUUUGUUAUAUUUUAAAUAGUUGGUUUAUUUAGUUUCUGGAAUAGAAUCCACAAAGAACAUUUCUUGGAGGAAACCAUCACAAAAA